GACCUCCAACAGUGUGGUGUUCUGGGCCGUGGAAAGGGCAAAAGCUCCGAGUCCAGCACCAAACGAAUCGUGCAUGGCAAGGAUGCCUCCCAGUGUGUCUGGCGAUGGCAAGUCGGCCUAGGAGGUUCGAAGAGUGGUCCCUUUUGCGGGGGCACACUGAUCUCUCCAGACUGGGUUUUGACUGCAGCGCACUGCGUCAUGGACGUGCGGAGCACCUGUCAGGUGCGCAACCUGCGGAUAGGUGCCGGCAAGUGGGAGCGGGGGGAGAAUGCGGACGAGAGCGAUUCCUCUGUUGAGCGUCGGAUCAAGAAGAUCUUCACGCAUCCCCUUUACGAAGAGAAUGUAGUUCAUGACUACGACUUCGCAUUGCUGAAGCUAGACAAGCCGGUGCCUAUCAAUGACUGCAUUGGCACAGCCUGCCUGCCGAGCAGUGUCGGCGAGCCGGGGACUGACUGCCGGAUCACUGGCUGGGGCACGAUCAUUUCCCAGGGCCCCACUCCAGACAUCUUGCAGGAGGCACCCGUGGCGCUACUCGCCAACAAAGAAUGCGAGCUGAACUACACGGAGAGCAAUGACAUAAUCACAGGCUCGAUGCUCUGUGCGUCUGGCAGAACGGAUUUGGGCAUCACAGACACCUGCCAAGGCGACAGCGGAGGGCCUUUGGUCUGUCUCGAGCAGGGCCGGUACGUGCUGCGGGGUGUGACGUCCUGGGGACAGGGCUGCGCCUUCCAAGGCUUUCCAGGCGUGUACGGCCGGGUUCAGAGCGUCCUGUCGUGGAUAGAGGAUGUGACACACGACAAAGUGGUCAGAUCACAUGCAGAGGACGCUGAGGAGCAAAAGGACUAUCCGGGGGUGCAGUUUAACGGUGCCAUGUGGCAAGUGGCCAACGGAGACUGCACCAUCGAUGAAGAAGGCUGCAUCCAGAGCCCUGGCUUUCCCGAAGGCUAUGGCAACUCGGAAGCCUGCGAGAUCGCGGUGGAUGUCCCGGCAGCAGUUCCAAUCCGAGUGAUGAACUUCUCAACGGAGCAGGGCUUUGAUCGACUGGUCAUUGAUUGCGAAGCUUUCUCAGGCCCAAUGAUGGCCGCGGGCCUAUUCGUGUUAAGCACUUCCGCCGCAAGGCACCAAACAUGA